CCCGCGGCUCGGGGCGCCCUCAAAUCCGUCCUGCUGGGUGACAACCGAGGCUGCUGAGGAUAAAGCAUCACCCCCCAUCACUGACCUCCCACCUGUUCCUGCACCAUGAGCUGCUCCGAUGACAGCACCAAAGAGAAGCUGCUAUGGAACGUCAAGAAAGAGGUGAAACAGAUAAUGGAAGAGGCUGUGACCCGGAAAUUUGUCCAUGAAGACAGCAGUCACAUAAUUGCGCUAUGUGGUGUGGUAGAAGCGUGCCUCCUGCAUCUCCUGAAGAGAAGGGCGGCUGGAUUCUUGAGGAGUGAUAAAGUUGCGGCUUUAUUCAUGAAGGUUGCCAAGACAUGUGCCACUGCUGCAGACAUAUGCAAGAAAGUGCAAGACCUACAACAGCAGGUGGAAGGCAGGAAGAAUUUCUCUAAUGGCCAGGAUUCCUUGAAAAGACAAUGCUCCACCACAAGCAGGACGGUCACACUCACCCCACAGGCUCUUAAGCACAUAUGGGUCCGGACCGCACUGAUAGAGAAAGUGCUGGAUAAAAUUGUACAGUAUAUUGUAGAUAACAGCAGUAAAUAUUAUGAAAAAGAAGCUCUAAUGUCUGAUCCCGUUUGUGGUCCAAUCCUGGCAGUUCUUCUAGUGGGUCCUUGUGCAUUUGAAUACACAAAGCUAAAAACCGCCGACCAUUACUGGACCGAUCCCUCUGCUGAUGAGCUUGUACAGAGGCACAGGAUCCAUGGAGCUUACACUCGCCAAGACUCCAGUCCUUUCAAGCGGCCAGCUCUUGGUAUCAAAAAGCGCCAUUCCAGUGGUAGUAUGACAGAAGAUAAGUUUGCAGCAUCUGCUAGAGAAUACGUUGAGUCACUUCACCAAAACUCCAGAAUACAUCUUCUCUAUGGAAAAAACAAUGUCCUAGUCCAACCAAAAGAAGAUAUGGAAGCUAUUCCUGGAUAUCUGUCCCUGCACCAGAGUGGCGAAAACUUAACAUUAAAGUGGACGCCAAACCAGUUGUUAAAUGGAACUUUAGGAGACUCCGAACUUGAAAAAAGUGUAUUCUGGGACUAUGCCCUGAUAGUGCCAAUAAGUCAGAUAGUCUGUAUCCAUUGUCACCAUCGGCCAGAGAGUAAAGGCGUUCUUGUUCUAGUCAGCCAGGAUGGAAUUCAGAGACCACCACUCCACUUUCCUCCUGGUGGUCAUCUUCUUGCUUUCCUCUCCUGUCUUGAAAAUGGCCUUCUACCCAGAGGACAGUUAGAGCCUCCACUAUGGUCCCAGAGGGGUAAGGGAAAAGUAUUUCCAAAGCUAAGAAAAAGAAACAGCUCUAACAAGUCAGUAGACUUUGAUGACAACGUGGUUGAAGAAGUGACCGCAGAUUAUGUCUUCAGAAUCAUAUAUGCUGGGCACAGGCAUGAUAACAUUACUAUUAACUACCACCACUUAGCAGCCAGUCGUUCUGUCUCUGUUGAUGAUGACGAGGAAGAAGAAGAUAGGCUUCACGCCAUGCUAUCCAUGAUCUCCUCUCGGAACCUCACAGCUCCUAAAAUGAUGAAAGACUCCAGAGACGUGAUAGAGAUGCAAGGAUUUGGUGCUAAUCUUUUGCCCUGGCAGCUUAAUGAAUAUUGCAGUCAGGGAUCGCCGUGUCUGUCCUGCUCCACGGGAAGCUCUCCGUAUGAUCUUUCCAGCUGCUGUACCUGCGUCCACGACAGGGCACCACUAAAGUUAUUGUGUGAAAACAUGAAAAGACAGAUUGUUUCCAGAGCUUUCUAUGGAUGGCUUGCAUACUGUCGCCAUCUGUCUACGGUACGAACACAUCUCUCGGCCCUUGUCCAUCACUCAAUAAUUCCACCUGACAAACCCACUGAUGCAUCUGGUGGCUUAACCAAAGAAGUGUGGAGCAAAUAUCAGAAGGACAUGAAGAAUUACAAAGAACUGGAGCUGCUGAGGCUGGUCUAUUAUGGAGGAGUGGAACAUGAUAUUCGCAAAGAAGUGUGGCCUUUUCUACUUGGGCAUUACAAGUUUGGCAUGACUAAGAAAGAAAUGGACCGAGUUGAUGAAGCCAUCGCUUCCAGGUACCAAAAAGUGAUGGCGGAGUGGAAAGCCUGCGAGGUGAUAGUCAAGCUGCGGGAGAAGGAAUCCCACUCGGCCAUUUAUGCCAAGCUAUCCUCUGGUAGUAGUAUCGACAGCCACGUUCAACGUCUGAUUCACCGGGACUCUACCAUUAGUAAUGAUGUUUUUAUGUCUACAGAAGAUAUAGAUAUGACAGACAGAGAUCUGAAAUGUCGGAACGAUAAAAAUUCUACAGUCACCAUUGUAGCUGGUACUCCAUCUGCCAUGGUGGCAGCUGAACCACAGCAGUCAGUGGAGUUUGACUCUCCAGAUUCUGGUCUUCCGUCUUCUCGAAAUUACUCUGUGACCUCUGGGAUCCUUUCCAGCAUUGAUGAUCAGCAAAGUAUAUGCUUCGAGGAAGAAGAAUCAAGCACAGAGUCUGAUAGGACAGAAAUGAGUUUAGGUCCACGAAAAACCAAGGGAGUUCUCAAGAUGCAGGACUCUAUAUGUGAAGAGCAGCUAUGUACCCAGCUAGAGUAUUUAAAUAAUUCUGAAGACAUCUCAUCCAUGUGCCCUACGUCGUACACAAUAGAAUUGUUGGACACUAUUGCCUUAAACUUACAUCGAAUUGAUAAAGACGUCCAGCGAUGUGAUAGGAAUUACUGGUACUUCACUCCGGAUAAUUUAGAAAAGCUUCGAAACAUCAUGUGCAGCUAUGUGUGGGAGCACCUGGAUGUAGGUUAUGUUCAAGGAAUGUGUGACCUGCUGGCUCCAUUAAUGGUGGUUUUAGAUAAUGAUUUAAUGGCAUACAGCUGUUUUACCCAACUCAUGAAGAGAAUGAGUCAAAACUUUCCAAAUGGAGGUGCCAUGGACACACACUUUGCAAACAUGAGAUCUUUGAUUCAGAUUUUGGACUCCGAGCUCUUUGAACUCAUGCAUCAGAAUGGGGACUACACACAUUUCUACUUCUGUUAUCGUUGGUUUCUUCUUGAUUUCAAAAGAGAAUUGUUGUAUGAAGAUGUAUUCGCUGUUUGGGAAGUUAUAUGGGCAGCCAGACUCAUCUCCUCAGAGCAUUUUGUAUUGUUCAUUGCUCUUGCUCUUGUGCAAGUUUACAGAGAGAUUGUACGGGACAACAACAUGGAUUUUACAGAUAUCAUCAAGUUUUUUAAUGAAAUGGCCGAACACCAUGAUGCGCAGCUCAUUCUGAGGAUAGCCCGGGAACUAGUUCACAAGGUUCAAACGCUGAUUGAAAACAAAUGAGAAACUUAGGAAUUUAUUUGAAGACCAUCAAAAGCAGGAUUAUCAUCUACAGGUGCUUAAAUGGCCUUCAACUGUGUCCAGCAGCAGCGGAACCCAUCUUCUCUUAACCUGUAUAUCACUGUCAAUCUUUUCAGGACGUCUUAAAUUUCUUACAACAGAAAAAAAAACUCUUAUCGGUUCAAAUAAAACAAUGAUCAGUAAAUAGUCACAUAUCUAACCAGGCCGCCAUUUAUGUGAAAACUAGAAAAAGAUACCAGACUUUGAGCACCCUUGGUUUCCAUGCUGCUGUAAUAGUGGGAGUAUAUCCUUGUCUUCUGAGACUGAAAUCUUACUCUUUGUUUGCCAAGGAAUUUUUGAAAUCUUCACCUUUCAGUUGACUUCCUCGGAGGACAGACGCCAGCCAUAUGAAGCCCUUUACAAAUUCUGUUAAGUUAGAUAUGUUCUGUAUUUUGUUCCGCAUGAAGAUGUGUCUCUAUAAUCCACUGUGAUUACCAUGAAGGGCUGUUUAGAAAAACACCCAGGCAUGUGAUGGGCUGUGUAGUCUACAACUAACAGAUUCUCUACAUACCGAUCGCCAGACGGACAAAAUCUCGGUGGUACAUUAACUCUGAGUACAGCUCCCCUCAUCCGUUGUCUACAGGGUGGCCCAUUUUGAAGUCAAGGACAUGAGAAAAAUAUGGGAUUGAUGCCUUUGCUAUGUGUCACUUUGCCAUGUGUCAAAGGUUGGGUUAGAAGUGACCAAGGGAUAUGCUUUCACAAGAGCUUUUGGCUAUUUUCAUAAAAUCUGAACGAGUUAAUGAACUUUUUUUGUAACAGUAAGAACUGAAUGACCUAUAUAUAUAGAGAGAGAAAGAGAGAGAGAGUCACAAGUUGUAUUCGUUCUCAGGUGGUGUACACAUGGAAGAUGCUAGAUGACCAGCAACACCUCCACGUAAAGCAGCUCGCAUUACCAAUAACAAAUUAGCCAAUUUAUUUUUGACAUUAUCAGGCUGCACCUUAUGGAUGUCAGCAGAUUUGUACCUAUGACACUGGCUGACCUGUUACAUGUGCACUUGGCAGCUGA